AUGAGCACCUCAUCCGGAAGCCCACUGUUCGGAGCAGUCAUGCGCAGCGCGCCGAACUCCCUUGAAUACCAAGGCACUGAUCACGGCGCGCGCAGCAGUACCCUCAACUGCACUACGUAUCACUCCCAGAUCUAUGGCGCGCGGCAGAGUGAGCGGCACGGCGAGCCUAAGGGCAUCGCCAGCAGCAGAGAAGAAGGCUCUGACAGAGCGCAUACCUCAUACCUCAAGGCCACAGCGCUCGCAUCACUUAUCUAUGCGUCUGACAGCUUGGGAAACACGACCGAAGCCUUCAUGAAGGACUUGCGGAACUUUACAGUCGGAAUCGACGCCAAAGAGGACAUUCGGCUAAACAUUAAGGAGUUGCACCUGACACAUGGACUCGUUGAAUACCUCACUAUGGGUUACAACUGCCUAUUUGGCCACAUGGUAGCGGAAAUUUAG